AUGGAUCAGGAUAGGAGUAUGGGAUCCUCAUUGUGUAGAUAUCUACAACUGGUAGAGGAGGCCGAUGGUUUAACGAAGAUUGAGAACUUCAAUCUGACAGCUGUACGCAUCCUUGAGAACUAUUUCCCAUUGGAAGGAGAGGAUGAUGUUGAAGAGAUGGAAGCAUCAGGCAGUGACUCGGCGACUGCUCCUCCCACUGGCGGCUUUAACUUUGGCUCUACUGGUACAUCUGCCUCAUCUAGUGGAUUCCAGUUUGGAGGUAACCAGUGA